CAUAUGCAUUCUGCUUUUACAUAUGCAUCACAUCUGUUCCACUAAACGUCUACAUUAAAAUAUUAACCAUGGCUACAGCUACAGCUACAGCCACUUCCACCCUACACGCUAAUUUCAAAGUCAGCUACCCCCCACUCGGUGAAGGAUCAUACGGUGCAGUGCUUAAGGGUACAAUAGAAAACAGGUCAUCGGCUCACCCAAUUUUUCACGUUGCAAAAUUCCCCAUACCAAAGUUACCCAACGAACCAACGUUAGAAACUACAUUUGCCCUCAAAUUAAUUCCUUACGGCCUCCUUGGCGAAGUCGUCGCCAUGUCGUCAACCUGUCACCCCAACAUCGUCCAGUGCUACAAUGCGUGGGUGGAGGAGGAUACAGAUCUACUUGACUACAUUUCUCAACAAGACGACAGCUGUGACAAUCCUAACCGGUCAUCAGCACUGGAAGUGAAAGGAAGGACCACGAUGCAUCACCUUCCAACCGUUCUCAUUUUACAACUCGAAUUCUGCGAGACGACAAUGGAAGAUUGGAUCAUAAACAGAAAUCCUGAAGAACUGGAGAGAAGAAUCACAUUUGCUCAAUUGGUCAAUGCUUUGAUUUACCUUCAAACCAAAAAAAUGGUGCAUGGUGACCUCAAACUAAACAACGUUCUCAUUACAAGAUCGAAUUACAACGGCGAAGUAAUUGCAAAACUGGCUGACUUCGGACUUAUCAAUCAUCAUGCUAAAAGGAUUAUUAGAACGAAUGAGAAUUCGGGCAAAGUCGACGAAUCCGCACUGAAAGAGUAUGUGGAGUCAAGACCACGUUUUAUGUGUCCUCUUCUAGCAAAACUUGGUUUCCUAAAAAUGGAACAUGGAGAGACCGUAACUGGGGCAACGCAUAAAAACGAUAUUUACUCUCUUGGACUAAUUUGGAUUUGUUUACUCCUCCGAUUUAAAGACGCUGUAGAAUUGCGGAAUGUGGUAGGAAGGGCAAUGGUUCAUCCAAGUAAGCGUAAAAAUAUUCCUGUAGAAUUAAAAGAAAAAUUCCCCCAGGAAGAGGAACUUAUAAUGAAAAUGAUUGAUUGGGAUGUGGACUUGAGACCGAAUGCUGACCAAGUUUUAAGGACCAUUUUGGAACAUAACCCAGCCCAUAAAAUUUCGACUGAUUUCUCUCAAAAUAAGCGAAAUGAAAUUCAAUCCAUGGUGGAAAUACUUGAUCAAGUUUUAAAUUCAGAAAUGGAUGAGUUGGACACAAAUCUCAAAAUCUUGAAAAGAAGAGAGUGGCAGUUUUUGAUCGAAGUCAUUUCACAAGUUGAGAGACAUUUGAAUCCAGUUGAGGACACCGAGUUGUGGUGGACGGCGAUCGAGAUGCUUAAUAAAUAUGAGGAUAUGAAGACUGGAGAUGCAAUUUUUUGGUACCGCAAACUUAUUUCGAAAUGUGGUGAAGAUGAUAAUGUAGAUUUAAUGAAGAUGAAAUUAAAUCUCGCAAUGAGCACGGAUGACGAAAACGAAUGUGUUUUACUAUUUCAAAAUCUCGUGAGUUCGCCAAUUUUCCAAGAUUUAGAUUUGCUUGAUCCUCUCCGACUCCAAAUCCAAGUUGCUCACUGGGAAAUGCAAUAUAGUGGAUUGGGUGAUAAAGAUGAUCCUUCAUCUGCCAAUGACUUGGAUCAGGUACAAAAAGUCUUAGUCCAAGCAGAGGAAAUGUACACGGCUGUGGUCAACAUUAAAAACAUGGACCCACUUUACGACACUAUUACCAUGUUCCUAUUCUCUGUUAUUAUUAACCUGCUAACCAGACUGGGAAAAUAUGAUCAAGCUGAAGGCAAGCUUUUACACGUCAUCAAUGGUUCCGACUUUAGCGAAGGCGUGUCGUCACUUCCCCCCAAUCAUUACACCCUAGUUUCCAAGUAUUGCCAGUUAUUGUCACAUUUGGGAAAAAAUGAUGAAGCCAUUGCAAUGAUGGAACCCAUGCACGAUUUGCACAUGGCUCUAGGAGAUAUCCCCCAUGCGAUCAAUGCUUUGCAUCACUUGGUUGGAUUUGCCUAUCAACAGGAAUCAAAAGGGAAGAAGGACGAAAAAUCUGUAGAUCCUACUGACUCCUUAUUGUGUAAAUACAUGGAGAAAAUUGUGAGAUUGGAUAAUGAUGUGUUCAAAUCUGGAAAUUUGUUAAUUAACGGGGAUGAGUUACAAUUUGAUGACGAUGUCGUUUUGAGGACCAGGUUCCCCAAUUUCAAAGAAGUUGAGUAGUUCAUUAACCAGAAAUUUCAUAAUUUAUGGGAAAAUGUGUUAUGCGAGGUGAUUGUUUGUACCAUAUGACUUUUAUGGGAUAAAAAUUAUGAUACAUAUAUUAACGUUGUAGAAAAGGGAUUAUGCAAUUUGACCGCACAAGGAUUAGUGCUUACAUAAAAAUAAUUGCAUCAGACUUUCAUAAGCGUUAAUAAUACAUUAAAUUUUGUAGCUUAUGUACUCGUGUUCAUCUGUCCUCACAUUUGUCCGACUUUUAGUUAAGCUUACCCUAUCGAUCUGAAAUUAGACUGAUAUCCAUUGCUCAUAAUUGCGUACUUUUUACUUUACCAAGAAAAAACUGAAAUUUUGCAUAUUAAGCAUACAGGACAUUUUAUAUGCAAAUUAAGAUUACCUUUUAGUCAAAUAGUGGUCAAAAUAUUCCGUGGGUCAGAAAUUUAAAAACUCAGAAGACAUUGCAUAUAUUACUGAUCAGACUUGCUAGUUUCUGGCUCGGCGAACCGGUGCGCUCACUUACUUAACUUAGGUGUGGUGGUUCGCCGCACCAGAAUUUAGCAAGUCUGUUACUGAUUGAGUUACAUGAGUGCUGCGCUUUAGGUUUUUUAGUGUAACUGAAACCCCGUAAAUUAGGCCACAUAUUUACAUUCUACGCAAAGAUGUUUGCAUUUAAUUAACUCAACUCAUCGUCAUUCAAACACGCAUUGGACCAUUUGACUGAAUGCAUGAUUGGGUUUUUUUCUUUGUCCAUUAAAACACAUUCAUUCCGCAACCAGCGGCAGAUGAUCCCAUCACAACAUAAUAAUAACAUAAUCUGUCUGCAUUUACGUAUAUAUGCAAUGUUUUUAUUCUGGUAAUAAAUUAACUAAUAUAAACUCAAGUCUCUGUCAUCAUUUGAGUCGAUGAAAAGGUGAAAGGUUUCCAGUUUGUAAUAAAUUAUUCGCACGGA